GCCCCGGCCCCCCCUGGCCGGUGGGUACCGGGCGGGGGGCGGCGGGUACCGGCAACUUGUGUUUAGCGUCCGGCGCUACCGACUGGGGCGAGCCCCCCUUCUACCCGAAGAGAUUUGGGUUUAAACUUUGGGUUUUGGGGAGACCCGAAGAUGCCUUUCCACCCGGUGACGGCGGCGUUGAUGUACCGGGGGAUCUACACCGUCCCCAACAUCCUCGCCGAGCAGCGCCCCGUGGAGAUCCCCGAGGAUGAGCUGGAGGAGAUCCGGGAAGCCUUCAAGGUGUUUGACCGCGAUGGCAACGGGUUCAUCUCCAAGCAGGAGCUGGGCACGGCCAUGCGCUCCCUGGGGUACAUGCCCAACGAGGUGGAGCUGGAGGUCAUCAUCCAGCGCCUCGACAUGGAUGGUGAUGGGCAGGUGGACUUUGAGGAGUUUGUGACAUUGCUGGGGCCCAAGCUCUCCACCUCAGGCAUCCCAGAGAAAUUCCACGGCACUGACUUCGACACCGUCUUCUGGAAGUGUGACAUGCAGAAGCUGACGGUGGACGAGCUGAAGCGGCUGCUGUACGACACCUUCUGCGAGCAUCUGUCCAUGAAGGACAUCGAGAACAUCAUCAUGACGGAGGAGGAGAGCCACAUGGGCACGGCCGAGGAGUGCCCCGUCGACGUGGAGACCUGCUCCAGCCAGCAGAUCCGCCAGACCUGCGUGCGGAAGAGCCUCAUCUGCGCCUUCGCCAUCGCCUUCAUCAUCAGCGUGAUGCUCAUCGCCGCCAACCAGGUGCUGCGCAGCGGGAUGAAGUAACGGGGCGCCCCCGCCGCCGGGGACCCGCCGCGACAGCGAGGAGGAGACACCUAUAAAUAUCUAUAAAUAUCUCUAUGUACAUCCAUCUGUGGCCCAGAGACGUGACCCCCUCGGGCGGGGGGCAGCCGAGGGGACAGAGCCGCGCCGGGGCCCCGCCGUGCCGGGCGCUGCCGUCGCUGCCGUUGGCAGAGCACGGAGACUUUGGUACCGACACCGACACACCGACCCCCCCUCGCCAGACAAAAUCCGACCCGUGAGUGCAUGUGAUGUGCAUGGAGCCCCGUGAGCCCCCUCCCCGCGCCGGGGCGGCCCCUCCCGCGGCGGAUCCCGUCGGAUUCUCCGAUCUAGCGUUAGAGCUCAUAUUUAGGAUAAACCAAAUCAUCCCCUAAGCAAUACACGCGCCUGAGAUGGUUCCUAGAGCUGGGAGCGUUUGCAUGGACUUGGCUGCCAAGGGCUGGAUUCCACCCCCCCCAGAGCCCCUCCCCGUCCCCGUGCCGUGCCUCGGUUUCCCCACCUGCCCGGUGCGGGGACAUUCCUGACCUCCUGCUUGAUGCACUUUGAGCCGAUCCCCCCUGGGAAGAGCCGGAGCGACCCCGAGGCCGGGGAGCCCCGCACGCCCCGGAACCCCCAGCCUGUAUGUAGCACCCACCUGGGCACGGACUGGUUUGGGUUUGGGGCCGUUUCUCAUUCUUUGGAGUUUUUGGGGUUUUUGGGGUGGUGUUUUUGGUUUUGUGGUUUUUUUUUUUUCUGUUUUUGUUUUUGGUUUUUUUUUUU